UUGCAGAGGAAUUAGAAGAAAGGACAGGCGAGAGAAAGAGCGAGGGCGGGCUUUCUUCAUCCAGGGCACUAAGGGGUUCGGGAACCCUAGCGCAUCUUUGUUGCUGCUGUUGUUUUCUUUCAAAAUGAAGUUCUAACUACAGUCUCGCUUUUCGGAGGAGGCUGAGAGGCCGCUUGGAGGAUUGAACUGGGUUGCCUGAGGGAGGGGUAUUUCAUUUUUUGAAUGAAAGUGGACUGCCUGAAAAAUGUCACUUCAGGCACUUGAAGAAACAUCCAUUUCCUUCACAAGUGAAGUCAGGGAACGGAUGAAGGAAAAGAAAAAUGGUGCAUUGAAGACGGCAAAGCUGAAUGCUUCUCUUGCAUCAAAGAUCAAAACCAAAACAAUAAAUAACUCCUCUAUAAUUAAGUUCUCCCUAAAACAGAACAACAAAGCAUUGGCUUUAGCUCUCAAUGGUGCAAAGGGAGCCAGUCAAAGACUAACUGCUGAAAAGAUGCUACUGCAAAAAGAAGUGGAGUCGUGUCACUUUGAAAAUGCUUCACUGCGCCGAAAGCUCUUCUCUGUGAACAAAUCUAUUCAUGAACUGCACCAAUAUAUGAACAGCCACUUGCAAAUAGCAAUCCAGCUGAGCAGACCUCAGGAUGAAGAGGAAGGCACUGCAUUGGCACCUGAUCGGGACACGCCUUUUGGUGGAAACCUUUUGAGAAGACAACAAUGUCCCAGGAGCGGCUUGCUGUCCGUCCUGAGUAACAGUUCACCUCUGCAGCACUGUGAGGUGACUACGAGACCACUCAGUGGUAGCGUGUUGUUAUCAGGUGGUCACGUGACUCAGAGGAGGAAACGCAGAACAAGCUCAUCAGCUGCAACUGGAGGUGAUUCUCAAAAGAAGUCCUCAGAGAUGCUUCAGUGGACAAAGGAAUCGGAGCAGGUUGUUAAAGAGUAUUUUGAAGUCGGUCAGGUUGGUGAGCUUUUGGCACCAGACACCAAUAAUAAAAGCUAUGAGACGAUCAAAGCCAAUGAAACCACAGCUGUAAAAAAAAGCACAAGGUCCUGCAAGAUUCAACCAAUUCUGUACCUCUGGAAUCACCUCCAAUACGGCCAAGAAGACGGACAAAAGAAGUUUGCUAUGUGCUGCCCAAGAUUAACACCAAACUGAGGAGCGGUGACCCAUUUACAUUUUCUAUCUACCCCGGGUCCCCUGUGUACAACACUAAAAGAAAGAGGUUGCCCAGAGGAUCUGGAAAGUCCAAGGCAACCUAAAAAGAGGAAAUCGACCCUGUUGCGAAUUCACGGUUUUUAGUAGGAAACAAGUAUGUUACUGUUUAAAAAAGCUUUGGGGUCUCCUGUAUUCCCCCUUACCUAGUCUUUUUUGUUGUGGUAUUUGCAUUUCAGAAAUAAAACAGUUCCACAUGAA